UAGUAAAUGUAGCUAUAUUUUAGCAUCGAAAUGAGAUCCGUCAAAUUUAGCAGGAGCGUCUCCGCAUCCGCAGAGCAUCCAGGUGCGGAGGGAUGUGCCGGCAUGUGCGGUAUGUGUCCGUCUUGUGCGUUUGCGCCAAAACCACCGGGUUCUUCUCAGUAUUUAUGGAGGAUCUCGGAUGGAUUUCAGAGGCGGUUUCUAGUGGACUUGCUUUUACGAUGCAGAAGCGUCCGAGUACUAGAAAGCGUCCAGCGGACACUGAACGUAACAUCAUGGACACUGUUUACCUACGCCAGGUCAAGGAGUCCGGCCUGUCCUCAGCAGCAGAGUCCCAGAGAUCCGGAUGGAAAACCUCAUGGGGUCAACGUCCAUGGGAUCUGGGACUGGUUCAGUAACUGUCCUGAUUGGAUGAAAUCUCGGUAUCUCUGCAGCCUUUUCUUACUUUGUGACUCGGAGCUUUUACGGAUGCUCGGAAAUUUAACAAGUGUGCUACUGGUCCAACAGAAAAGAGGAUUUCUGCAGUUUAAUGUAGAAACUUGCGAUGCCAACGAUGAGGAAAACUCAGAGGACCCUGCUCUAAUGGUGGUACUUGGGUCGUCAAAGUCUGUCUCUGGUGUGAGUGGAUACAGAGACUUCAUAGGGUGCCUACCUGUGGAUCUGGCCAAGAGGAUCUUAGGCCUUUUAGAUGAGCAUAGUUUGAGAUGCUGCUUAAAGGUUUGUCAGUACUGGCAGCUCCUCGCAAAGGAAACCAUGGAGGAAAUCAAAUUCAGAAGAAUCUUUGAUCAGAAAGUUAAUAUGAUGAUCAAGAACAAAGAUGUUAACAUUGUCAGUCCGACUUAUGCCAACAUCGUUGAAGUCCUCGUACCUAUCGAGGAUGCAGACGUGUCGUGGAACAGAGAGGACAUUCAUUCUUCCACCCACAAGGCCAAAUCUUUUAAAACUGCCUGUGCUGACGUCAAAACCAAAGCAGUGAAAAUGGAGGAGAGAAAUGUUUACUGUGGUGCGUAUUUUACCACAGUGCUGCUGAAUAAAGAGGACCCUUAUCGUGUGGUGGACUAUGGAGGCAAAUCGUUUAUGUCUGUGGGCUCCAAGGACAAGGCGGUGCACCUACUUUAUGUGGCAUCAGAAACAAAAAAUAUUGCCGUGUUGAAGGGUCAUGUCGGCAGCAUUCGAGCAGUUCUGAUCUGUGAGGACAGAGAUCUGGUAAUAAGCGCCGGCUGUGAUGCAAUUAUAAGAUGUUGGAAUUUAAGGACAGACAAGUGUGUGAUGGCGCUGUAUGGUCACUCUGGUGUGGUGUACUGCCUGGACGUCCAUGAUGAUAGACUUGUCUCAGGGGCUAAAGACUGUACUGUGAAAGUGUGGAGUCUACUAACAGGGAAACGAUGUGAGGAUUAUAAUUUCAAGCACCACAGCUCUGUCAGGUGUGUGAAGAUCAACACAACAAAAGUCUACAGCAGCUGCGAUAGAGGCUUCAUCAAAAUUUGGGACAUGGAGAACGCCUCGCUGCUCAGGGUGAUUGAUGCCCACCGGAGCUCAGUCAAGUGCCUUUUCUUUAAUGAAUGGUACCUUCUGUCUGGGGACUCCAACGGGCAGGUCAUGGCGUGGAGCAUCAACUGUGACACCAAAGAGAAUCUUAUUACAUUCAACCACCCAAAGGAGGUGAAAUCUCUGACUCUUACUUACCUUCGUGUUGUCACCGGCUGUGCAGAUGGAAAGAUUCGCAUAUUUAAUUUUCUGACAGGAGACUGUCUCAGGGAAAUCACAGCAGAGACAGAAGCAGGUCGUAUAUUAUCACUGCAUUUUCACGAAAAUAGUAUUUUAGUGAACAGUUCAUCUAGUGUGAAGCUCUACCAGUUUGGUAAAGUGUACUGGGAUUACAUGGAGUCAACAGACACCAGACUAAAAGAUCACACAACACAAGUGGCUUUACCCUCUGACAAAAUGCACGACUGUAACGAUGGAAAAUCAGACAGAUCUGAUCUACUUUACCAGACCCACCUCCCAUCUGCCUCUACUAAAUGUCAAGCUGCAGAGCGCUACGAGAUGGUGAAAAGGUCACUGCUGCUGAGCGAGAGGGCAACAUCUGAACGAAUUAAGAAGAGGGGCCCACAUCAUCCACUGACACGUGACUCCAUCGUCCUGAGAGUCAACGCCAUCCAAAAGGCUCAGUGCACAGAUGAAGUCAGCAUCAACAUGGAGCUCAACGCCAGGCUGAGGGAUUCCUGGGGCCCUCACACUCCUCAGGUUCAGUCCAACAUCCAGGGUUUAGAACUGAAGUGUCCACGGCGGCACGCACAUGACGAUCACGCCAAAAGGGCCAAGACUUCUUCGGCGGGCUUGAAGAGAGCUGUCGGUCUAAGACGAGCUGUUUCCACUGCCCCGGAUAGAAUGAUGAGACACUCUUUAAUGUCUGAAGAAUCCAAGCCUCACACUGUUGACUCACAGAGGAAAGUUACAAGUGCCUUCACCAGAAGUGCCAAAGCAGAGCCACAUGCUCCUGAACACAUCAUGGUGAGAUCACUACCUAAUCUGGAGUGUUGCGUGAAAACUACCGCUGGCUUACCAAAGAUCAGCCCCGUGGAUCCGUUCAAAGAGCGCACAGAAUUUAGGCUGUUCACCGCAACCCAGCAGGAGGACUACGUCAGAACCAUGAGGGAACACAUGCAGAACUGGGAGAAGAAGCCGUCCAAGAGGGAAAAAGACAAGAAGAUACUGUGAAGACGCUGAAUGUCAUGUGUGCACCAUUUCUAUUACAUUUUACAUAGAAGUCUGACCCAGGAAUGUCUGCAAAUGCAAACUAUAAAGAGCCACAAGGGGUCAGUAUUGUACCACCUAGUUCAUCCUAUGGUUACGAUAGGUCUAGUUAUCAUUUAACCUCAUGAAACCCAGGAAAGUACAAGUUUGAGCUUUUUUCAUGAA